UGAAAAGCAGUUUCAGUCUCGGUUUGGUAAACCAAUUCUACAGAGUAGGGACGCAAAAUCGUCCUCUAAGGAACAAGAAGCUGGGGCCUUGGCCAUGGAGGCCCUUCAUCGUCAGGUUUUACCAUUCCUAUUGAGGCGCCUGAAAGAAGAUGUACUACAAGAUCUUCCACCUAAGAUCAUUCAAGAUUACUACUGUGAACUGAGUCCCCUACAGGUUCAGUUAUAUGAAGACUUCGCCAAGUCUCAGGUCAAGAAAGGUUUGGAGGAAACAGUUUCUCACAUCGAUGAAGAAAACAAAAACGAGAAAGCAAGCAAAGAUAAUCCUCACGUUUUCCAGGCUCUUCAGUACCUGCGUAAGCUAUGCAACCACCCGCUUUUGGUGCUCACUGCCAAUCAUCCAGAAUACACCAAAGUUAUGGACCAAUUACAUCAACAACAUGUCUCCAUCCGGGACAUUCAGCAUGCCGCCAAACUUGUUGCUCUCAAGCAGCUGCUGAUGGAUUGUGGG